AUUCUCCUCCAAAGCAUGUGAAGAUGCGCAUCAUAUCUUACGAUGACUUAGAUAUACCAGAACAAGAGAACUGCACUGAACAUUUGCGUAACAGCACUGAUCUGAGCGCAGUAAAGCACAACUGGACUGUGCCGUUUAGAAUCUCAUAUGAUGCUGCGCUCUUCCUCAAAGGCCCGCUGGUCACACGUGUCAUGCCCUCUUUCUACAUCUUCCUCUUCAUCAUUAGUUUGCCUCUAAACGCGUUGGCCCUGCUGACUUUCACCUGUAAGAUUAAAGUAAAGAAACCGGCUGUGAUCUACAUGUCAAACCUGGCGUGUGUGGAUCUGCUCUUCACCCUGCUGCUGCCUCUGAAGAUCCACUAUCACCUGAACGGAUCUCAUUGGGUGUUUGGUGAGGCGGCGUGUCGUGUGCUGACCUCUGCUCUCUACUGCUACAUGUACUGCUCCAUACUGCUGAUGAUGUGCAUGAGUGUGGACCGGCUGGUGGCCGUGGUGUUCCCCGUCGCCUCUCUCACCUGGCGGAGCACGAGGAAUUCUGUGUACGUGUGUGCGCUGGUCUGGGUGCUGGCACUCGCUGGCACAAUCCCACUUCUCUCUAUGACACAAGCGCUCAAGACUGAGAAUGUGGGCGUCACCUGCCACGACGUCUUGAACCACGACCCUGCAGAUCAGACGUAUGAGUACCUAUUCUCUAUCCUCUCCUGCCUCUAUUUCUUCCUGCCCCUGGUCGUCACUUUGGCGUGUUACUGUACCAUUAUAUACUCACUCAGUACCAAGUCUGGUCGCUUAGCAACAUCAUCAUCAUUAACCUCGGAUAGACGAAGGAGAGCUGUGAUUAUGACUAUUGCCGUGCUGACAGAGUUUGUGGUUUGCUUUGCACCGACCAAUGGAAUCCUGUUGUAUCACUGUGUUCUUCUGGCCACAGGAGGCGUCGGCGGGGAGGGAAACACAUCAUAUAUGGCUUACAUGUUGGCUCUGUGUGCGGGCAGCUCAAGUGUUUUUCUGGACCCUCUGCUGUACUACUACGGGUCGUCUCAGUGCAGACAGCAGAUCAGGUCUGUGUUAAGGUGGAGAAGAACAAAAAGUGCAACAAAGACAUCAAGCACUCAGGCUCACGUUAGCAAGUGAAAUAUGUGGUUUGCAUUAUAUUCAUUAUAUUAUAUAGCCUAUGCAUACUCCUCAUUGUAAUGUAUGUUCU